AUGCAGCCGACAGCCUACUACAACAAAUAUGACGAACGAGUAUGUCUUCCUCAGCGAUCACUCAAAUUGUAUCCUCCUGCCAACAAAGCCAAUGCCGCAUUUGUUAUUCUUGUACGCAAUAGAGAGCAGCAAGAUAUUGCCGACACGAUCAUGAACCUCGAAGACAAGUUCAACAAGAACUUCCAUUAUCCCUACGUAUUUCUCAACAAUGAACCGUUCACUGAGGAAUUCAAAGCAGCAAUGAGAGUGGCAUCUCCUUAUGCUGACAUGCAAUUUGGAUUGGUGCCUGUGGAACAUUGGAGUUAUCCAGCUCAUGUCAACCAAACAUACGCAGCUGAAUGUCGAGAACGAAUGGAUCGGGAGAAUGUCUUUUAUGGCGGCAUGGAGAGUUAUCAUCAUAUGUGUCGGUAUCAAUCUGGGUUUUUCUUCAAGCAUCCUCUCUUGGAUAGCUACGAUUGGUAUUGGCGCGUCGAGCCUGGUGUACGCUUCUUUUGUGACAUCACCUAUGAUCCUUUCUUGUUCAUGGAAAAGCAUGGUAAAAAGUAUGGCUUCGUGGUAACCCUGCUUGAGCUACGUGAAACGAUUCCAACUUUAUGGGAGACCGUCAAGGAGUAUGCUCAGUCACGACACAUUGAUUUGAAUCGACCUGGAAGCCUAUUCCCUUACUUUCGUGGGGCAGAUGGUGACUACAACUUGUGCCAUUUUUGGUCUAAUUUCGAGAUUGCAUCACUUGACCUCUGGAGAAAUCCCAGCUAUCGAGACUUCUUUGACUACCUGGAUCGGACAGGCAAAUUCUUUUAUGAGCGAUGGGGGGAUGCACCUGUACACUCUCUUGGUGCUGGCUUGUUUUUGGAUACGGAUGAGAUUCACUACUUUGAAGAUUUGGGAUAUCAACAUGACCUUUAUCGACAUUGCCCAUCAAAAGAAAGCGGAUUAGCAUGCAGAUGCGAGUGCCCCGAGGGAACGAUUCCUGAUAAGAGUAUAGAUCAUGAUAAGAACUGGGAUACCUGCUUGCCACGUUGGAGAGAAUGGGUCAAAACAUCCAAACAACACCGCAAAACAUCUUGGAACGUUUGGUCGUAG